UUAAGUUAUACCCAAAUACUACUCUUUUUUAUAAGGUACUUCAGUUUCACGGGAUUUGGGUAUGGUGGACCCUGAAAUCAAUGUCCCUGGGGACACAGAGGGACCAUCAUAUUCUGUUUCCCAACUCCACAGAGCUGGUCCGUGGGCGUGCCUUUGACGGGCAAAGGGAACAUGGUAUUGAACCCUAUGGCGUAGGUUUUGUGGGAGACUUGGGCAUAGACGUGUGGGUAGGAGUUGACUGAGUGGUUGGUCUAUACGGCGUGAAUGAGGUGGAAGGAGAACGGCUGGGUCCUCACCGGAUGGAGUGGUGGGUGGCCCGGGUGGGGGUGGUGAGGCCCGUCCUGGGGGCGGGGUCUACGGUGGGCGAGUGCGCGUCGCCGCGCCCGGCAUUUCAAACCUCGCGGGUCGAACGCUGAGAGUCAGCUCGCCGAGCGGGUGUUGCUCAGCUGCUUCCUGGCGCGGGUCGAACUCUCGCGGGAUCCAGGCCCACUUCGACGGCAACUCUCUCCUCGACGCCUCACCGUCGCCAUGGUUUACUUCUUGCACCCAGGCCUUUCGCCCCGGAACAUCGUCCCUCCGGACGCUCGGAAGGAUAUACUAGGCUUCCUCGUGGUGCAGGAGGACGCAUCUCCCUACUCUUUGGUCAACAUAUGCCUGAAAGUUCUGAUUGCUAACCUGGAGAAAUUGUGUUCUGAAAGAUCUGAUGGAACACUCUGUCUUCCGGAGCAUUGGUGUUUUCCUCAGGAAUUAGCUGAUCAGUUCGUUUGGAUGAUGACUCAGCAAGGCAAGCUGACUGAUAGAACAGCAAGCAUUUUCCAAAGCAACCGAAUGAAACUGAAGCUGGUCAACAUUCAGAAAGCUAAAAUAUCCACAGCUGCAUUCCUAAAAGCCUUCUGCCAUCACAAACUCAUUGAACUGGAUGCUACUGCAGUACACACUGACCUCUCCAUCCCAGACAUCGUAAGUGGACUCUGCAGCAAUAGCUGGAUCCAGGAAAACCUCCGACGUCUAAUCUUGGACUCAGCAAGCAUCCCUCGAGAUUCAAGACUGUUGUUCUUUGGUCAGCUCACUGGUCUUCGUGUUUUAAGCGUUUUCAAUGUUUGUUUUCGUAGUGAAGACCUGGCUAAUGUUUCGCAGUUACCCAAACUGGAAAGCUUGGAUAUCUCUAAUACUCUGGUCACUAACAUCUCUGCACUCCUUACCUGUAAGGAUCGACUUAAAUCUCUUACAAUGCACUAUCUAAAAUGUCUGACCAUGACCAAACCACAGAUUCUCGCAGUCAUUAGAGAACUUAAAUGUCUGCUUCACCUUGAUAUUUCUGAUCACGGGCAACUCAGGUCAGAUCUAGCUUUUCAUUUGCUACAACAGAAAGAUAUUCUGCCUAAUAUUGAGUCCCUGGACAUUUCUGGGAGUAAUUACAUCACUGAUGGAGCUGUAGAACUAUUUAUACAACAACGGCCUGCGAUGCAAUUUGUGGGACUGUUGGCUACAGAUGCCGGUUAUUCUGACUUCUUUUCUGCAAAGAAAGGCUUGAGGGUUGCUGGAGGAGCAAAUAUAAGUCAGAUUUCAGAAGCACUGAGCUGCUACAGGAAUAGAUCAUGUUUUAUGAAGGAAGCCCUCUACAGGCUCUUCACAGAGACGUUUUCAACGCAAAUAACCAUGCCUGCUAUUUUAAAGCUUGUGGCUGCAGGAAUGAGGAAUCACCCAUUGGAUUUGCCAGUGCAGUUCACAGCCAGUGCUUGUGCCCUCAACUUAACACGCCAGGGCCUGGCCAGCGGGAUGCCUGUUCGUCUGUUGUCAGAGGUUACCUGUCUACUUUUCAAGGCUUUGAAAACUUUCCCCCAUUACCAGCAGUUACAGAAGAAUUGUCUUCUCUCCUUAACCAAUUCCAGGAUUCUUAUGGAUGUUCCAUUCAACAGGUUCGAUGCUGCCAAGUUUGUUAUGAGAUGGCUCGGUAAGCAUGAAAGUCCCAAGAUGCAAGCCAUGGCAGUGAGCAUAACCUCUAUUCUAGCCCUGCAGCUCUCACCUGAGCAAAUUGCACAACUCAAAGAGGAGGUUUUCAUGGCAGUUAAGGAUCUUCUAGCAAUAGUAAAACAGAAGACUGCUGAGAAUCUAGAUGACAUCACCCUCUUGUUUACUUUGAAAGCACUUUGGAAUCUUACAGAACAGUCUCCAGCUGCUUGUAGGCACUUUAUUGAAAAUCAAGGAUUGGCGAUCUUCAUCCAAGUCUUGGAGACUUUUUCAGAGACAGCAAUACAAAGCAAAGUACUUGGUCUUUUGAUCCUUCAAGGCAUUUUUCCCGCUCCUUGGCAACUUCUCUCAACCAGAGGUUCAGCUCUGGGCACUAUGGGCCAUGUAUCAUGUCUGCAGUAAAAACCCCAGCAAAUACUGCAAAAUGUUAGUUGAAGAAGAAGGAUUGCAACUUCUGUGUGACAUCCUGGAGCACAGUGAGGCAGACCCCCAAGCACAGCAGAUCGCAGCCUCCAUUGUAGAUGACUUCAAAAUGUACUUUAUGAAUUACCAGAGGCCCUCUCUCUGUUGA